UUUUUGGCCGAUUUUUGGCGUUUUGCGUUUGGCGUGUUUUUAAAAUUAAAAAUUGGCGUUUGGCGUUCUACGCGAAAAUUUUGGUGCACAACUCUGUUCAGUUUUAAAUCAUGUUUCUGCUUAAAGCCUCGUCAAGGGUUUUCAUAGGACUGUGGGGGUAUACUACAGGGAUCGCACCGACAAAAUUCUUCAUUAAACAAAUUAAUUUUUUCUCAUUUCAAUAAUCUCUUCUCUUUUUCUUUCCCCUUAAAAUUUUUAUAUAAGCUUUUUAAAAAAAUUAAUAUUUUUUUAAUUGAUUUUAUUUAUUUUUUAUUUAUAUCUUUAGCUGGCAAUAGCGCUUUAUCUCCUUCUACCCCUUUUCUCUCUUCUUUUUUUUCUAUUCCCUUCAAAAAAUUUCUUCCUUAAUUUUUUUUAAAUGUUUUAAGAAUUGAAAAGAAAAAAGAGAAAUAUUUUUGAGGGUAUAGGAAGAAGGAAAAGUCAAAACUCAGAGAAAAAUAAACACAGAAAAAAGGCCAAAUUUUAUAUAUUUAACUUGAUAAAAAAAUUUCUCGUUUUCCUCAAUUUUUCUCGCUCUCUAAGCUUCUUUAAAAAAUAUUUUUUUUUUCAAAGAAUCUUCUUCUUUCCUCUUUUUACUGCGCUAUGCUUCUUCCUCAUCUUCUUUUCUAACGUUUAUUUUUUACAUAUAAAAAGCUCUUUAAAAAAAUUUUUUUUAAUCGAGUGAAAGAAAGAAAAGGAGAGAAAAUCCGAUUUAGCUUUCAUUUAUAUUUUCGUCAUUUUUUUUUAUUUUUUAACAGAAAAGCUGUUGAUAGUUACUUGGGUUUCCCCGUCCCCGAAAGUCGGGGAACUUGAGAGAUUUUUUGAAAAUUCCCCAGUUUUCCAAGUUUUUUUUCCAAGUUUCCAAGUUUUUCAUUUUUUUAUUAUCAACUUUUCUUUUUCAUUAAAUUUUUUAAUGAAAAUUUCUACCUAAAAAUCUCACAACUCCUUUUAUUUUUUAAUUUUUACAGCUGUUCCUUCUUACUUUUUCCUUCACAUCUUCUUCUACAAAAAUACUUUUGCUUGCGCACAUUUUUUUUGUUUGUUUGUUUAUUUGCUUUGUUAUCAUCUUUAAAAUGAUGAACGUUUCAUUUUAAGCUUUUUUAAAAAAUCCUUCAUAUGAUAGUAUAGCAAAGCUCUUUCUAAAUUUUUUUCUUCUAAGCGCUUCUCUCUCUUAAUCGAUGAUUUUUAAAUUUAUUUUUGGAUGAAAAUGAAAUAAAUAUAUUUUUAAAUUGGGGGGAUUUUUUUAAAUUUAAUUACAGUCGGAUUCCGUUCAGGGAUGUGUGCCAAAAUUUUCGCGUGGAACGCCAAACGCUAAGCGCUACUUUUUCAAAUUUUAGAAACACACCAUACGUCAAAAAUAGGACAAACUGGCUCCCAAGGCCAUAACGCUCAGCCCUGAUUUGCACGGGUUUUACGAGAGAAUUCGGGAUAAAUGAGAUCACUUUGCGAUUUUUUCUUGUUUCGAUCUUUAAUUUAUACCAAGACGUUUUUAGUUGCCCGAAACCCAAUCCGAAGAUUGGUGAUAUGUUUUUUCUAAUUUUUUAUAUCCCUAAUACUAUCAAUUUAAAAAUACAAAUUGUGGAACCCAUUGAUCUUUCUUGGUAAUUUUUUGGGGGUUUAGCCCUUUCAUGGACUAUUAUAUUUUUCCAUAAAUUCUAAGAUUGAGGCUAAUUUACUUGCAUUAUUUCUUUUUACGCCUUCCUUUAAGAAUUUAUUUUCUAAAAUUUUUUUUUCUUAGAUUGUAUUUAUUUAAGAGAUUAUUUUCAAUAUACUUUUUUCCUUUUAUUAAUUUUUAUUUAAAAAUUAACAAAAAAAUUUUUUCCGAAAAAUAAAAUAAAAUACACACAAAAAUGCCGCUCAGAAAAAUCGAGCGUUCACAAACUAUAGAAGACACCAACCCCAAUCCUUCUUCAAAUAAUAAUAAUAAAUUAUCAAUCACAUCAAAUACAACCACAACAUCCUCCCCAAAUACAUCAACUUCUACCCCUUCCUACCAUCGAAAAAAAUUUUCAGCAGCCGCCAUAUUUAGUGGAAUAAGUGAAUCGGCUGCAGCUUCAUUUGUUUCAAAACAUACAAAUUUGGUCAAAAAAUCGUCUUUUAAUACUUGUAGAUUUCCCUCAUUUUCUCCUCAGGGGACGAAGAAGGGGAGAGGAGAGAGGAGGUGUUCAACCUCCAGUAAAUGCCAAUCACCUUUAAGAAAUGAGGGAAGAAAUUCAGGAAGAAAUUCUGGAAGAAAUGGAGGUCAUAUAGCCUUAGAAAAGCAAGAAAAUCAACAGAAAGACCAGAAUAAAGAAGAAAAUCAAGAAGAAAAUCAAGAAGAAAAUCAAGCCGAAAAUCAAGCUAAGGAGGAGGAGAAACCAACCAAAAAACGCUUUAGUUUUGCAUUAAAUAGAAAAAAAUGGUUUUCAACAUCUACUACAACUGAACCAAACAACUCUAAUGGAAAAGCAACAACAAAUAAUAAUAAUUUAAAUUUAAAUAAUAAUACAAGAAGGACGAGUACUGUAGAAUUAACUACUUUAUCUUCUAAUUUAAAUGGUUUGAAAAAAGGGCUUAGGUUAGGAAUCGAACUGAGGAGCCGAGGAUAA